UCCACCCGUCCGCCCGCGGCUCGUUUCCGUCUCUCCAGCAUGUCGCUGAAGGUGAUGACCAGCAACGUCACCAACAAGACAGACCCCAAGUCCAUCAACUCGCGCGUGUUCAUCGGCAACCUGAACACGGCGGUGGUGAAGAAGUCGGACGUGGAGAGCAUCUUCUCCAAGUACGGCCGCGUGCUGGGCUGCUCCGUGCACAAGGGCUACGCCUUCGUCCAGUACGCCAGCGAGCGGCACGCCCGCGGCGCCGUCAUCGGGGAGAACGGCCGGGUGCUGGCCGGACAGACGCUGGAUAUCAACAUGGCAGGAGAGCCGAAGCCCAACAGACCCAAAGGCCUGAAGCGAUCCGCGGCGUCUCUCUACAGCAGCUAUGAGUUCGACUACGAUUACUACAGAGAAGACUUCUACGACAGGUUGUUUGAGUACCGUGGCCGGGUGUCCCCGGUGCCUCGGGUGGUGCCGGUCAAGCGCCCGCGGGUGGCGGUGCCGCUCGUACGACGCGUCAAAUCCCUGCCGGUCAAACUGCUGACGCGCAACGCCUCCGUCCUCCCCACCAGCAACGGCAACAAGCCGAGAUUGAGAGGCACGGAGCUUCAGGCCAUCAAGUCAGAGUUAACUCAGAUUAAAGCGAACAUCGAAGCUCUGCUGGGCCGACUGGAGCAGAUAACAGAAGACCCACACAUCACCGCCACAGAUCUGAUCAAAGCAGAGGACUGUAAGAGCGAAGAGGCGUGGCAGGACGAGUCCAGUUCGGACCUCGGAGACGACGAAGAGCAGCGACAGAACAGCGAAGUGGAGGAGGAAGAGGAGGAGGAGGAGGAGGAAGGGGAGCACACACAGGAUGACAACCACAACCACAUGGAGAACAGCCGUCUAUCACCAGAAAUGGACUCCAUUCACCCCUGA